AUGACCAGUGAAACACCAAUCUCGUCACUUUCAGCAAUCGUUUAUACACGUUCACCUCCUUCAUUAAAAGUUUUAAAUCAACUUUUACUUCCACAUAAAACAAUAUAUGAAACGGUAUCGAAUAUAAAAGAAGGCUAUGAACAAAUCAAAGAAAUGAAAGUUCGUGGUGCACCGGCUAUAGGAAUAGUCGCAGCUUUAACAAUGGCAAUAGAUCUUCUUUUACAAAACUCGAAUAAAACCAAUCCAAUUUUUAAAGAUCAAGAAUCUUUAAAGAGAUAUAUUAAAACUUCGCUUGAAUAUUUGAAAACUUCUCGACCGACAGCAGUUAAUUUAUUUCGCGCAUCGGAUAUUUUAUGGAAUAUCACAGAGAAAGAAACAGAUAUUAACAUGAUAAUAGAAAAAAUAGUAAAAGAAGCUGAGAGAAUGUUGAUUGAUGAUGUACAAGAUAACAAAAAUAUUGGAAAUUUCGGAGCAGAAUUUAUUUUGAAAGAAAAUCAAGAUAAAAAGAUUGGUGUUGUAACUCAUUGUAAUACUGGAUCCUUGGCAACAGCAGGAUACGGAACGGCACUUGGAAUUAUUCGAUCUUUAUACUUUCAAAAUAGACUCUCUAAUGCUUAUUUCACAGAAACUCGUCCUUAUAAUCAGGGGGCCAGGUUGACCGCUUAUGAAUUAAUUCACGAUAAGAUUCCAAGUACUUUGAUCUGUGAUUCAAUGGUUUCUGCUCUCCUUUCUUUAAGUGAGAAUAAUAUUAAAGCUGUAAUUGUUGGAGCCGAUAGGGUAGCCUCAAAUGGUGAUACCGCAAAUAAAAUUGGUACAUACCAAUUGGCUAUCACCGCGGAAUAUCAUAACAUCAUGUUUAUAGUCGCUGCUCCAAGUACUAGUAUUGAUCUUAAUAUUAAAAGUGGAAAGGAAAUAAUUAUUGAAGAAAGAGCCGAAGAUGAAGUUACAUAUGUGACCGGAAUUGUUAAAAAUUAUAAUGAUGGAGAGUUAAAAUCUACAAAAGUAAGAUUGCCUCCGGAAGGUGUUAAAGUUUGGAAUCCAAGUUUUGACGUUACACCUGCAAAGUUAAUAACUGCUAUAAUUACUGAAAAAGGUGUCAUUACCAAAAAAGAUGGAACGAAUGAGUUCAAUUUAUUUGAUUUUUUAAAGUAA